UCACCUUCUCCUUCAACCUCGAGCUCAAAACCCUGCGUAAAACCCUAGCUCAGAUCCCGCAAAGAACAAACCUCAGCUCGAGGACGAAAGCAGAGCCGACAAUGGGGAAGAUCCCACCGUCUUUCAGGUCGGCCAUCUCCACUUCAAUGGCGACGAAGCCUUCCUCCCUCGCCACCAUCAAUCCCCCAUCCGCAGCUGCAAAGCCCCUCCACUUUCCCAAGAAACCCGCCAGGUUUUCCCGGAAAACCCACGACCCGAAUUCCCUCGAGUCACCGUCACCGUCACCGUCCGUCCCUCCCCAAUUGCAGUCUCCGUUCACGUCGCCGGACUUGUCGGACGCCAAGAAGCUCUUCAGCUCCGUCGUCGCCGCCUCGAAAUCGCCGCUUGACGCCCGCCUCCACAACGCCCUCCUCCAGUCCUACGCCGCGGUCGCCGCCACCGUCCACGACUCGAUCUCCCUCCUCAACCACAUGGUCAAGGCGUCCCCUUGCUUCUCGCCCGACCGGUCCACCUACCACGUCCUGCUGUCCCAGUCCUGCAAGACCCCCGGCGAUUCGCUCUCCCCUGUUCACCAAGUCCUCAACUUGAUGAUCAACAGGGGGGUCGCCCCGAACCAGGCGACCGCCGACGUCGCCGUUCGGUCCCUCUGUUCUUCCGGCCGCGAGGAUGAGGCCAUCGAAUUGAUCCGAGAGCUGUCUUCGAAGCAUUCGCCUCCGGACACCUACACGUACAAUUUUGUGGUCAAGCAUUUGUGUAAGAACAGGGCUUUGGGUACCGCGUACAAUUUCAUCGACGAGAUGCGUGAUUCUUUGGGUGUUAAGCCUGAUUUGGUCACGUACACUAUACUGAUUGAUAAUGUCUGUAAUACUAAGAAUCUAAGAGAGGUGACGCGGUUGGUCAGCGUAUUGAGUGAGGAAGGGUUUAAGCCCGACUGUUUCGUUUAUAAUACGAUAAUGAAGGGGUAUUGUAUGUUGAGCAGAGGGAGCGAGGCCGUUGGGGUUUAUAAGAAGAUGAAAGAGGAAGGUGUGGAGCCUGAUCUUGUAACCUACAAUACUUUGAUUUUUGGGUUGUCGAAAUCGGGGAGGGUAAAAGAUGCUAGGAAAUACUUGGACAUAAUGGUGGAGGCGGGCCAUUUUCCGGACGCGGUAACAUAUACGUCGUUGAUGAACGGAAUGUGCAGAGAGGGGGAUGCACUUGGAGCAUUAAGAUUGUUGGAGGAGAUGGAGGCUAAGGGGUGUAGUCCAAAUUCUUGCACAUACAAUACGUUGCUUCAUGGGUUGUGUAAGUCGAGGUUAUUGGAAAAAGGGAUUGAAUUGUAUCAAAUGAUGAAAUCUAGUGAUAUGAAGCUUGAGACAGCUGCUUAUGCAACCUUUGUGAGAUCGCUCUGUAGAGAUGGUAGGGUGGCCGAGGCUUAUGAGGUUUUCGAUUAUGCUGUUGAGAGCAAGAGCUUGACUGAUGUUUCUGCUUACACUGCUCUUGAGAGUAGUCUCAAGUGGUUGAAGAAGGCAAGAGAACAAGGUCUUGCUGUCUAACUGCUGUCCAUAACGAUGAUGCGUUUGGCUCUCUCAGAUUUGGCGCUCAUGACAGUAACAUAGAACGGGCUGUACUCAGAACUUUGGCACAUUAUUUAACCAUUGGAAGUAUCUCCGAAUCCAAAGGAUGCUUAUAAUGGAAUUUCUACAAUGGCUGCUUUUGGACACAUAGAUGAUUGUCAUGGCCCGCCUUGUCUCUGCCAAGUAUCUUAUUAUCUUUGUCUCAGAAUACAGGGGAACUGAACUACUUUGAGGAAGAGCAAGAUUUCGGUGUUCUGUGGAGGAGAUCACUAUUAACCAUCCCUUUUGCAUUCAACCACCGAAUGUCGGCAUGGCAGAGGAAGAAAAUCAUCAAUUGGGUUUUGGGGCCAGCGAUUCUGUAAUGUCUUCUUAUCUUCUAUCAGUUUGUAACUGGCAUGAUGGUAUCAAAUUCUCCACCUAUUACUCUCUUUUUUGGUGAAGUCUGUACAUGAAAUAAUGUUUUCGAUGUCCAUUCGAGAACUUUUAUGGGCUGGGCUUUUAGGGGGAUUUAGGAAAUGGUCCAGUCAUGGGACUUUAAUUUGACCGGACCUGGUAAUGAAGCCUCAGAAUUUGUUCGGAGGUGUAUUUUAUGGGAGCAGCAAGUGAAGAAGAUGUUCUU